UCACUUCUCCGGUUCUACCAUCAGUAUUGAUUCUGUUGUAACAGAAAGAGGAUGAAAGAAAUGCAUGCUAUUCUCUGGACUUCGCUAAUUUUUUCAUCAGUUAAGGUUUCUGAAAAUGCUGAUCAGAACAUCACUAACAUGCAAAAUUCGAGACAUUGUCGCUCACAGACCGGAGUCCACGCGACAGUUCGAGAUUUUCAGCUUUCGGCCUACGCUUGGUGUUUUUCCUUCAUUUUUUACAUCAAAUAUCGACCGUUUGUCAAUGUAAAUGGAAGUUCAACAUCAGUUGUUUUUAUCUACAAUGGCCGCAUUCGAGUUAUACAGUCGCUGGACUAUAAGAAUAUAUCUGCAAAGUCAGACGUCUGCUCGACACUCUCUUCAGAUGAAUGCCAUCAGUGGGUGUCCUGUUGUGAGGCUGCAGAUAGUUGUUGUCAGAGACAGCUAGCUCUUCCACCGGAAAUCAACAAUACUUGUGUACGCAUAUGGGACGGCUGGAGCUGCUGGAAUGACGCAACACCCGGAACAGAAAAUUACAUCACAUGUCCUCUUUUCAUGCCUUAUUUUUCACCUUCAAGAAGUGCGGUAAAAACCUGUACAGCUAAAGCUGAAUGGAUAAAAAAGACUGAUUACCAUCACUGUGUUGACAAACAGGGAAUUGAGACCAGUUUGUUCCUGGGCUUGGGGUGUAGUAUCGCCAGCGUAUUGUUUCUAAUGCCAGCUGUCGGUAUAUUCAUACGAUACAGAGCUCUUUCAAGACAAAACAGAGUACGAGUGCACAUAAACUUUUUCUUGUCCCUGAUCAUACAGGAAGUAGUUUCUGGAUUGUGGGAUAUCUUGAUUACGUAUGACAAGGUUCAGAGUUCUGAAGUAUUCCAGACAGCACUGAUGGCGAACGGAUUUUGGUGCAAAAUGCUGUCCUUCCUGAAGAUCUAUUUUAAGGGAAGUAGCUUCACUUGGAUGCUCUGCGAGGGGAUAUUCCUGCAACGUCUGAUGUACAAUGCUUUCGCUCCCCCACGAUCCCUCACGUCGAUUUACGUCAUUGGAUGGGGCGUUCCUCUGAUUUUUUCUGGAAUCUACGCCCUUCUGAGGAAAAUAUACAAUGAUAAGAGUUGCUGGGCAUAUUCGUACAAAAAUUUAGAGUGGAUAUUUGAUGCACCAAAUCUAAUAUGCCUUGUGGCAAAUUUACUUAUACUUGGAAACAUCCUUCGAAUUCUCCUCACACAGAUGCAGUCUCAUCCAAAUGAGCCCGGAAACUUCAGGCGAGCCGUGAAGGCCACUUUUGUUUUAAUUCCAUUGUUCGGGAUUCAGCUAUUUGUUACAUUAUACCGUGUUCCUAUCAGCAAAGAAGGUGGAAUAGAAUACGAAAGAUUUACAAUCAUUGUUGAUCACUCACAGGGAGUAUUUGUAGCCAUUUUAUUCUGCUAUAUUAACGGAGAGGUAAUUUCGAAUCUAAAGAAGUCAUGGAGACGUCGACUGAGCGACAGAUAUUUCCGCAUCGCCAGAAGAAUGACGAUUUCAACCAAUCAGACAAUGUCAUCUCAUGCUGAGUAUGACGUAGGCGAAAAUUGCGUAGUUUCAAAUGACUGUGUUAAUAUCAGUGGCGAUGACCGAAAGAACAACGGAGAAUUAGAACUCAAUGAAUCUAAUGGAAUUAUACCAGGAAUGAAACGAAAAGUGUCAUUUGCAAAUUUUCCAACAUACCCAACAUGAUUGAUGAAGAAUAUAAGAGUGCAUUUUCAAUACAUCUUUUAAAAAGAUGUCGAUUUUUUUUUAUAAUCAGAAACAAAUUUGAAGAGUGACAAAACUGAAAGACAAGAAUUCUUUGUCUAAUAUUGGCUAGCUUUCACAUCGUUAUAUGUAUGUGAAAACAAUUAUACAUGUAGACCCCCCUUCCUCCGGAAAAAGGACACAUUACAAGAAGAUAAAUGUACGCAGACGAAGAUCAUCUCUCAAGCUAGUAAGGACAGACCUUAGCCAACAAACAUAAUAACAUGAACAUGUAUUUAAUUGAAUAUUGAACAAACCUUAAUCAAACGGUAGGACGAUCGAAAAAUAAUAUAGUAAUUCGAAUCUACGGUUCAUUUUGUUGUGUCAUUGAUGUUAUUUGUAUAUUAUAUCAAUUAGUUUCGCUCAUUGUUAUAUGAUAGUGUUGUAAAUACCCGUACUAGUUUUCUUUAUCGAAAAUACUGCUGCGCUGUUUUCUUUUAUUCACACAGAGUCUGACACAUCUCUUUCAUACUUGGAUAUUUUACUUUAAAAAGACACUAAUGGUAAUCUAACAACCAAGCUCUAUGAUAAACGUGAUGACUUUAACUUGCUACCGUCAACUUCCCUUACCUGUGCAGCAAUAUACCUUCAUCAUCUGCAUACGGAGUUUACAUAAACAAUUUCUAAAAGGAGGUAAAUUAUUGACAAACAAGUUGAUGAAACAAGACAAUCAGCAGUCUCGUUUAAAGUCAACAUUUCGUAAGUUCUAUGGUCGAUACCAUGACCUUGUCAGCAAAUACAAUUUAUCAUUGAGUCAAAUACUGGCUGAGGUUUUUCAUACGAAUUGUUAGUCCAUUAUUUAUACACUGAAUUGACGACGGAUUUUUCCGUUAUUUCCCGAUCAUGACAAGAAGCACACGGCGGGUGUGACCUGUCAGCAGAGGAUGCUCACUCCUCUAUAGCACCUGAUCCCACCUCUGAUGUUUCGGAGGUCCGUGUUUGAUCUGCUCCUAUUUUGUAUUGUUUUAUGGACUUUGAUAUUGAAUACCGUUCGUUAUCUCCAUAUUCUUCAUUGUAAUCUUUUCUGUGCAGCUUGACUAGUGUUCGAUAUUUUUCAACAUCUUCUUAUUUAAAUAAAGAAGUUGUAAGUAUUCAAAAAAUGAAGGGUAUAAGUAGUCUACAUUAAGUCCACACAUUUAAUUCAGAUUUUAUUAAUGUUUCUUCUUAAUGAAAUGUUUUCUAUGAACUCGUAUUCCAUGACAUGUAUGCAUUAAGUUUCUGUUAUGCAGACAAUUUCACAUUU